CCGGCUGCAAUUACGGGUCCUGUGCUUUGUUUGUGUGCUGCUGCUAAGCUGGCUGUUGGUGGUGGUGAGAUCGCUGCGUGCACAUUUGUGGUGUAUCCUGUGCGUGCUAAGGUAUUGUGAGACCAGCUCGAGAAGCCAGCGGGCCCGCAGGACAGCUUCGUGUCUUCGUCGCACCUAGCAGUCGUCCGUGGGCCUGUCUUCGAGUCAACCCCCCCCCCCCCUUCAACCUUCCAGGCGAGAGAUCUAUAAAAGAAAGUGAGAGAGCUCGAUAGGAGCUGCUAGGACGACCGUGAACUACGAGCAGCCGUCCGCCAUGUGUGACUAGCUUCAGCACCCCCCUCAAGCCAGCCUCGGUAUUCGAAGCGGUCGCUUGGUAUGGCACAUGGAUCUCGGCAGGACAUCACCAGCAGGAGCUCCCCAGCGUGCAUCGCGCGAGCCGUGACGUCAUCGGGCCUCAACCAGCUGACUGCUGUUGUCCUCGGCGUUAGCUGCUGCUGCAGCAGGUCACGCUCGUCGUUGUUGUGGCCUGUUGGGCGUCAGUGUUAGCGACGUUGACGGUCCAUCGCCUCGUGUUGCUCGCACAGCUGGUGUCCCAACUCGCUGGGGGUUCCCGGGGACGUUCUUUGCUUCCUAGUGCUCGGGUGUGUUCGGUGGUGCGUUGUGGUUUCGCGUACGGGUGCUUGUAGCGCUCCCCAAGCACGUCUGUGUGCGAAGCGCUGUUUCUUCGUUCGUAGAUCGCCUUUCGGGGUGUUCCCAAACUUGUCGACUCGUUAGAGCGCCCGUAUGGUGUGUGUCUCUGUGUGUGUUUCCGCGUGUUCAACGCUCCUGGAAUGAGAGUUCUGACGUAAAGUCCGGGGGGAAGCGUGUCGUUGAGAAGGGAAACCCCACCAACAGCCAACGAGAAACGGUCGGGGCGAGGAGGAAAAGGAGGGGAAGAGUGUUCUUCGAAAAUUUCAACGGUGCGCUUGCUUUAUUAGUGUGCUUUUCUUCUUGCUCGCCAGCGUUUUUCGCGCCCCUUUCGGGGGGAGAGAGUGGGGGAGGGGUGGGAGAGAUCGGAGGUGCGUGGGUUCGGAGGCGUUUGGCAAACCAACAAACGGAGCCAGAAAGGACGUCGAGAAACGAAAACACGAACGGGAAAAAAGAAAGAGCCUCCUCGCCGACACAAGCGGGCUACGAAACAGAAAAACACAACGAAAAAAAAAAAAACCAACACUUUCACCAAAACAAAGGGUUGCAAGCCCGUUCGGCGAGCUUCAAGGCUGGCAUCGUGCGCGAAGUCGCAAGAGGACGGCGCAGGAUCGUCUCCUCCGCGCAAAAAGCAGCGGGUUGCGCCGUCGGUAGUGAUGCAAGCGACUAACGGCUGCUACACUCUGCAAAAUGGAGACGAGACCAGCGCGUCCUCGACCGUCGAGAAGGCGGUCUCAUCGGCGACCACGACCGCCGCCGCAGUGGUCAACAAGAACAUCGUCGCCUCACGCACCGAGCAGGACAUCAUCCGCCUCAUCGGACAACACCUCCGAGGGCUCGGACUCAACCGCACAGCAGAACAGCUCAUCCAGGAGUCUGGAUGUGGCCUGGACCAUCCCGCUGCGGCCAAGUUCCAGGCGCAUGUCCUGGAUGGAGACUGGGCGAAGGCGGAGGCUGAUCUCAGCGAGCUGAAGGCACUACUUGAGUCACCUCAAGCAUAUGUGGAGAUGCUGUUCCUAGUGUUGGAGCAGAAGUACUUGGAGUACCUAGAGGAAGGACGGUUGCUCGACGCACUCCAGUGCCUCCGCCAUGGGCUCUCGCCCCUCCGGCACAACGUGGAACGAGUCCACGAGCUCUCCAGCUACAUGAUGUGUGGCAGUGCGGAAGAGCUUCGGUCCUUGUCCAAGUGGGACGGCAAGACGCUCACAUCGCGGCAGAAGCUUAUGGAAAAACUCCAGAGUGUGUGCGCAGGCUUUCUGCCGGCGAACGUAAUGCUCCCUCCGCGGCGCCUGCGGGCGCUGUUGGGCCAGGCGGUGGAGCUUCAGCGUGACCGGUGCACGUACCACAACGAGCCCACGCAGCUACGGGGCGACCCGUCUUUCAUACUGGACGACAACUGCUCCCUCCUCACCGACCACGUCUGCUCCCGGGAGCAGUUUCCCUGCCGCACAAUUCAGAUUCUCAAUGACCACUGUGAUGAGGUGUGGUACUGCCGAUUCUCUCAUUCCGGCGAGCUUCUCGCUACGGGAUCCAAGGACUCCACUGUCAAGAUCUGGGAGGUCAAUCCGGCAACACUGACCCUGUCUCUGAAGCGGACGUUGGAAGGCCACCCGUAUGGUGCUUCCUACGCCGCCUGGAGUCCCGACGACUCGAUGCUGCUUGUAUGUGGGCCCGAGGAUGGCGCGGAUGUUUGGCUUUGGAACGUUCAGACUGGUGAGCUACGAGUGAAGGUUACGAACCAACCUGAAGACAGCAUCACGUCAUGCGCAUGGCACCGCGACGGAAAGAAGUUUGUCUCGGGCGGUAUCCGGGGGCAGUUUUACCAAUGCGACCUGGACGGCAACGUCUUGGAUUCGUGGGAGGGCGUUCGGGUACAGGGCCUGCACUGCCGCAAGGACGGGCGCACGGUACUGGCCGCCGACUCCCACCACCGAAUCCGGGGAUACGUUUUUGAUGAUCUCACCGAUUUCAAUGUAGUCCAGGAGGAGCACCCCAUUAUAUCAUUUACGGUCGACGACACGGGGCGGCUAGCUUUGCUCAACCUCUCCACACAGGGUGUGCACAUGUGGGAUUUGGAUGACAAGGUGCUGGUGCGGAAAUUCCAGGGUGUCACGCAGGGCUACUAUACCAUCCGGUCAUGCUUUGGCGGUGUGAACCAGACGUUUGUUGCCAGCGGAAGUGAAGACAACAAGGUGUACAUCUAUCACGUCAAAUGGGAGAAGCCGAUUGCCGUGCUGCAGGGUCACUCACGGUCGGUGAACUGCGUCAGCUGGAACCCAGCCUGCCCGUCAAUGCUGGUCAGCGUCUCUGACGACUGCACCAUCCGUGUCUGGGGCCCCGCAGCUGCCGUGCCCACCAAUGUGCCCAAUGCUUCGCCCAGCUCCCAGUCGGGUGAGAUGGGCGAAGGAUCCCCAUACUCCAAUGGCAGCAGCAAUGGUGUCUGUGACGGCGACGGCAAUUCGGUCGUCUAGCCCCACGCCGCCUUUCUUUAUCUUCUAAGGGACUUUAAUCAAUACAUGUUUCAUAGCAUUGUGUGAAGAUGGGAGAAAGAGGAAUCGAAUGUGGAAGAAAAAAAAAAAAGGAAACCGGCUGUCUGAAUCGCACCAAUGCAUGAACGCAUUUGCCGUUACGCCCAUGCGUGUUGUCAGCCAGGCACAAGUGUGCCACAGAAUGCCGAAGACACCCGGCCCGCGGAUUGCAGACAAGCUCUGUUUCAAGCUCGGCUUGGCUCUGAAGUUGUCUAGGUGGCGGAAAGCAAGCGCAUCUUGUCGCGUUGUACGCACGCGGAUUUCGUUUUGAGGCUCGGCUUAGAUGCAGACGUCUGGAAAGCAUUGCCGAGCUAACAGACGGCGUCGGAUGCGCCGUUGACGGCUCGGUUGGCCGAUUGCAUAAUGUUGGUUGGCAUAUGUUGUGCAAGCAACUUCGAAAGCAGUUUAUUGAUGAUUUUUUAACUCCAGCAAGCUUUUUGCACAUAGAGAGAGCAAGAGAGUUUUGUUUGGUGUGUUGUAAAAAAAAUGGAUUUUUAAAAUUUCCUUUUCAAUUACUUAUUUUGCGUAGUAAGUGCGUUGUAUCGGAAAUCGUUGUUCAGCUAUCCUGGCGCGUCCUCAUAUUGGGGUGCACCUCGUACACCUUCGCACCAUUUGUUGAAACUGAGAAUUGCUCUUUUCUCCAUUGGCUGGCAGCACAGUUUUCGCUAAUGUCGUUUGUGCGUUGUCAGUAUGUGUAGACGGCUCUUGUGCUGUAAACUAGACUCGUCUCACAGUGGUGUUAUUCGAUGUUGUGAUAUUGCGCCGAAAACUUGCACUGCCUCUGCCUUGGCGUGAUGGGCUCUAUUGGGCCAAAGGUUCGGCAUCAUCGAUAGCUCUUGAAGAAAAAAAUAUAAUAUAUAGCUCAGAGCAACCAAAUUUCAACUCUGAAAUUAUAAUCGUACCCAUGCAGGCUUCUUCAAUUUAAUCUGUGCUUUUGGCGUCGUUGGCUUUGUUGCCUCUAUUUGGAAGGCGGGUUAACGUACGAGAUGAGAUUUAAAGAGGAUGCAUUAAUGCGGUUGUUUGAAAAGUAUAUGUUCGGAUCUGUAGUAGAUUGCAUGAAUGUGAGAGUCUGAAUUUUCAUCGUAGCGCUGGCAGUGAAAUAUAUGACGGAGUGAGCAUCGCAUUCACUAUGAAAGGGACGCUCGCAGAAUUUAAAGGUGUUUUCAAGUAAAUAAAGGUGUUUUGAAAGAUCGAGUUGCAUGCAUAUUUUUGGCGUCGAAACGAGGCUUGUAAACGAGGCGUGUUAUCUCCUAACUUAAGAAGCUCAGAGUUUGUGGAGUAUAUUCAGCGACCUGCGCAAUGCGUACAACAAUGUAAAUACGGACCGCAUGAGUGUUUUGAGAGCAUGAAUGCCUCGAUAAUGUGAAAAAAACAAACAAAUUGGGGGAGAAAAUUGAAAAAUAAACACUGUGACACAAGAUGCAAGUCUUGACAUGAUGGGACCCUUAAAGGAGAAAAAAAAAAUUUAGUGCGAGAUUUAGACUGGAAUACAGGAAAUGUAACAAAUUGGAUACGUUUUGUUGCAUGUGUGUGUGUGUGCUAAUUGUGCAUUUGUGAGCAUGCUGUAAUAACAUUUCUAGCAUUAACACUUACUUUUUUUUUUUGCCCUCCCAAUGUUGCCAAUGUAGUAGAUGAGCAUACUCUCUAGAGAGAAGUAGAAAUGAGCGAAGUGGAAGUCUUUCUGGCACUUAUUUUUUUUUUUGUGUGGUCAAAAGGUUUGUUUCAUUUAAGUGUUAGGCAUCACAGUCUUGCACAGUCAUGUAAUGUUGAGUGAAAACCACUUUUUAAAGGCUUGAGCACAUUUUUUUUAAUCUAUGGAUUUUGCUGUGAAUGUGUGCUGGUCAUGGUUAUGAUGACGUUGGCCAAACUUUGCCUCCACUUGAGUUUCGUUUGCCGUCUUGUAGCAUUUACGCCGUUGCUUUGCUUGUUAUUACAGAAUGUCCUGCUCGCCAUCAUUAACAAAACAGUCGAACUACAGUUAUAACAAACACUGAUAUAAUAAAUCAUCUAGCAAAUACAUGCUUCAAUGAAUGUGACUUUGUUGUAGCAAAGUUCGCCUUUUGCAUCGCUGCAUCGCCCUGGCAAGAUUUGCUUGCACUCUCUUGCGUGCUUGAAAUUGAUCGCUGGUUAGCCGAAUUUGGCAACCAUGUUUUUUUUUUCGUUGACGAAUCCUCCAGUACAUCUGGGAUUCGUGUUACGGUUUUUUCGCACAAAUUCAAGCUCUUCAGAAAUGUAUGGACUUGUUUUCUGUAAAAAAUGAAAACAGGUGUUUGGCUCUCAAUCACGUUUUUUCCGCUGACAAGAGCACCGGAACAUCUGCGAUUCGUGUUAGUAUUCUCGCACUAAUUCAAGCUUUUCAUAAGUAUGGACCUAUUUUCCGUUAAGGACUGAAAAUGGAUGUUUGGUUCCGUAUAUUCUGUGAUGCAUUAUAUUUGUACUUCAAAUAGCAUACCGGUACGAGAAAUGUUUUGGAUACAGUUGUGAACGUAAACUGGUCCAGCUGUUUCGUUGAGCUUGUUGGCUUGUCAUGCUGCAUACAGUGCCAGAGAGCACAAAUGAGUUGCAAUGUUCCUCAUCUGUCUUCUAUGGUGCUGUUUGCAUUGUUGUUUGUAGGUUUGCAUUGUUUGUUUUGCCAUCACGAGGGUCACUAUGCAGGUGAUUCGUUGUGACAUCAUUGGCUGCCAAAUUGAAAAAUUUCAAAUUGUUGUGCAUGAAUGGAGAGUACAGUUGCUGACUGAGGCAGUCUAACGUUACGAAGGAACGAUAGGAGAGGCGCUUGAUCAACUUUCCAGUUUAUGUUUGACUUUUGAAAGUAUGUAGAUCUCUUGUUUUCUGAAUAUUUUGAACAGAAACGUUGCCCUAAAGACUCAUUCAUGCAGGACGGAGGAGUGUUACUACGAUUUAAGGAGCUAUGGUAGUCUAACCCUCGUAUUCUAGAACGCUUCUUCACUCAACGCCCCAACUUCACUUGAGAAAGCCGAUGGGAGCGCCAUCUCUAGGCAGGGCAGGUCACUGCAUAUCACUGAUAAUUUGCUGGUAUUCUUGAGUAUUGCAGUGUCAUUUUCAGCCGAGCAGUGGCGCAGUACUCAACUCUGUCAAGUGAAGGGCAAAAGUCGAGAGUCGAGGAGUGUUGAAUACGGGGGCAAGGGCCCCGAAAAGUUUAGUUUGCAAUUUUAACAUCGAAAAUCCACUUCACCUGUGGAAGUUCGACGUCGAGCAGCCGCUCCAAGUGGUUCAAAUGUCGAGCCAAAGUGCGCCACCCGCCCUCUGGCGUAAGCAGUACGUGCGCAGAAAACUUUAUUUUUCUCUUAUUGCGAUUUUUUAAAAUAAAUUUUCGAACUUUAAUUUCCUCAAAAAAGUACUGAAUCGAUUCUAAUAAAACUUUGCGUCCAUGAGCUACAACAAGUUGGAAACAAUCUGAACCAAAAAAGUUGUGGAUUUCAUGAAAAGCGAAACUGUAAAAAAAUUGCACUAUAAUUCACAUCCUCUGUGGCUUUGUGAAUGCACUUAUUUUAUUUUUUUGACAGUAACUCACUAAAGGAUGUUCUUUUUUUAUAGUUGCGAUAUAGCCUACGUGUAUCUACAAUAACACAGCUGAAUACCGUUACAUUCCUCGUGGUGGUUGCAAAGAAAAGGUACAUUGAAUAAGGGAAACCACUUUAAAACUUGGGAUUCAUCCUUAGGAAGAAUAGACAUCGUAGGCAUAAAAAGUGUAUCCUGUGAUACCCAGUGAUAUUCUUUGUGAGCAUGUGAAAUUUUGUGCAAAUACUUUCAGCCAGUUCUAAAAUAUUAGGUUAAAACUAACCAGUAUCAGUUACCCUGCUAUACCCCCUUAAGGAAAUGUGACUCAUGUUUUUUUCUGCUGAGCGCACAAGUAAAGAUGCAUAAAGACCGGUGAAAACUUCUUGCAUUACACAUCUCUUAGCUGCUAUUAACAAAACUUGAAAUGUAGUUUAUCCGUUUUGGUGUAAUUUUGAGGUGGCUUAUCAAUGAACCAUACCUGAGUUAUGAAGUGCUUUUAUUUGUGUUUUAAACAGCUUAGCAGUCCUUAUCUGCUGCUGUUUGGCUGAAAAAGUGUAGAAUUGCAAAUUAACUGCAAAUAUGACUUGUAACUGCAGCAAUCUGAGAACAUGUUGAAGAGCUGUCGGGCUGGGAAAAAGUAGCAAUCAUGUGUCAUAUUUGGGAUUCCUCGCAUUGUCUUGUAUCUGUCCCAAUUCAAUUCAGAUUUGUCGUUUUGUUUUAGUUAUUGAAUAAAUCAUUUUACAUAAUGGUGGGACUCUUUACGGUGAUGUGAUAAACACAAGAAAUAAAGUGGACAAGACAGUGCUUACAGUGUAGGAGAAAAGUUUUUGACCAGAAGAAGGGCGAAAUGAGAAAACGUAAUGCCGUGCACAACUGUAUGAUAAAUAUUAGUUACAAAACAGCUGAAAAGUAUGAAUGGGAACACAAUGCCUACAAAGUCGCCUGUCGCGGUGGUCUGGUGAUUAAGGUGCUCUACUUCACAUGAAAAUUUCGGGGUCAAAUCCCAACAGCAGCUUCUGCACUUCCAACGGAGGCGAACGCUACAGGCCCGCAUGCUUAGAUUUAGGUGCAGGCUUAGGAACUUCUGGUAAUCUAAAUUUUUUUAGCCCUCCUCUAUAGCGUGUCUCGUCGUAUUGUGGUUUUAGAACAUGAAAGCACUACAAUUGUUAUAUAACAAAGGGAUAGUACAGUGUUUUACGAGAUACUUUGAAUAAUGAAACGGUGGGAACAGAUGUUCACAUACCGUAAAUGGUAAUCAGUAAGAUAAUUUGUUGAUUCCAAAUCGAUAAAUGAUUGUAUGACAAAUUGACCAUGGAGCUUGAAUUUUUGCGAGUCAAGUGUAUACCAUGCCAGCUUCCACAUGCUUGUCAGCUUGUGAAUGUUUCUGUCAUGUCCUCGAUUUGGACUUUUUUUUCCGCUUGCCUAAUUAUUGUCGGCUCUCUGUGAGAGCCGAUAAGUAAAUUUGACUGCUGAUUUUGUCGUUUGUGCAAAUAUAUUUUAAUGCUUUUAGCAAAAAAAGA